UAAUUAUUGAAGAAGGCUUAGCACUUACCACUUAGCAGCGGCAAUAUCUAGUCAAUGUUUGUUGCGAUUAUCGAUUCGUGGCUGUAAAUUUGUAAUGGCUUCUUCUUCAUUCUCCUCUGUUGUAGUUUCUCCUAUGGGGUCCUUCGGCGCCCUGCCUUCUCCAUCGUCAACUCCACUUCUCUUUCCCUUCAAACACUGCAACCGUCUGAUGAUGGGUUACCAAAGAACUGUUCGUAGGAUGAUGCUUAACUGCUCUUCUUCUGAAAUAGGUCCAUUAUCAGACCAAAUGCAUAUCAGGCAAUCUCAAAUAUCUACUGUGACGCCCUUUGGACUGACACUGGAUGAAGCUGGAAUGUCUAAGCCUUCAUAUAAAUGGCAAAGGGUGCUGCUUAAAGUAAGUGGAGAAGCACUUGCUGGAGAUCAAAAACAAAAUAUUGAUCCAAAGAUUACAAUGUCCAUUGCAAGGGAAGUGGCAUCUGUGACUCGGCUUGGCAUUGAGGUCGCGAUAGUGGUUGGUGGUGGGAAUAUCUUUCGUGGAUCUUCUUGGGCGGGUUGUAGUGGCCUCGACCGUUCAUCUGCCGAUUACAUUGGGAUGUUAGCAACUGUUAUGAAUGCAAUAUUCCUGCAAGCAACAAUGGAGAGCAUUGGCAUCCCGACGCGGGUUCAGACUGCAUUCCGCAUGUCUGAAGUGGCAGAGCCAUACAUUAGAAGAAGAGCUGUCAGGCAUCUGGAGAAAGGAAGGGUGGUUAUCUUUGCAGCAGGGACUGGGAACCCAUUCUUCACAACAGAUACUGCAGCAGCCCUCCGUUGUGCAGAAAUUAAUGCAGAGGUUUUGCUGAAGGCUACAAAUGUUGAUGGGGUCUAUGAUGAUGACCCUAGGCAUAAUUCAAGCGCCUGCCUGCUAGACAAUCUAAGCUAUCAGGACGUGACAUCAAAGGAUCUUUCGGUGAUGGACAUGACGGCAAUAACUUUGUGUCAAGAAAACAACAUUCCUGUUGUUGUCUUCAAUCUAACGAAACCUGGUAAUAUCUCCAAAGCCAUUAUGGGAGAAAGAGUUGGCACUUUGAUUGGGAGGUCUUGGAAUGAACUCAUGGCAUAGAUGUGAAAGGCAGGACUUCUCACCCUACCGAUUGGGGUGGCCCUUUUACUGUGACUUGAAGUUGUGAAUUUGCUGACAGUGUUCAUAUGGCUUUGAGGCCUAACUGAACCAACAGCAGAAUGAGGCUGAGGUGCAAGAUGAAAUAUAAUGGUUCUCCGAGUUUGGAGGAUUGGUUUUGACUAUCUGGUGUACUUGAUUCAGCACUGAUGAUGACUAGUGCAGUUUGGUUAUGUAAAUAACAAGAUAAUUUCUAUAGGGUUACUAGAAUCAUUGUCUAUGAAACUUAUUUGAAGCAUUCCAUUUUUGAAAAGAAGAUUUUGUAUUUGGUUUGUGUAGGGACUAUAUAUUGAAAAUCAUCUUCUUGAGAAUAAUAAGAUUGACAUUUUGAAUUGUUGCUCCGGAUUA